AUGGAAUAUAUCAUCCUUACUGGAGAGUCUUGCUUCACGUCCUCCGAAGCCAACAAGUUAAAAGAUCGCAUCAACCAGACUGCAUCUAUCAACAUCACCAACAUCCUAGGCUCCUGGAUUUAUUACGCGCAUAUCAAAGGUGAUAAGAACGUUGUUGGACCCAAACUCCAACAGUUACUCCCAUUGCCUAGCGAUGCUAGUCAGCCGCCUCUAACACAUAUCGGCUACACGCACACUUAUUAUAUAGCACCCAGGAACAUUUCUCCAUGGAGCUCCAAGGCUACCAAGGUUUGCGAAGUCUGCGGUCUCGCAGACCAGGUUCAUCGAGUUGAACGGGCGCGAUCCGUCACUCUAGAAUUCGAGCAGCCCUUGAAUAGCGAUGAAAUUCCAUUCAAGGAUUUACUGUUCGACCGAAUGACGGAAACCAUAUCCACAAGCGAGCCAGAUCUUGACUCAAUGUUCAUAGAGCGGGAGCCCUUGCCCCUGGAAGUUGUUGAUAUAUUUUCCGGGAGUCAAAGUCCUCUUGAUAUGUUGAAGGCUUACAAUGCCGAACAUGGCCUGGCCCUCGAUCAAUCCGAAAUGGAAUACCUAGUCCAAGAGUUCACUCAGCUUGGACGACCCCCGAAUGAUAUUGAGCUCUUCAUGUUUGCUCAAGUAAACUCCGAACAUUGUCGCCAUAAGCAGUUUAAUGCGAACUGGACUAUAGAUGGUAUAACUAAGGAUUCGAGUCUGUUCGACAUGAUCCGAAAUACGCACAAGAAGACACCCGACUACACUGUCUCAGCCUACAGUGACAAUGCUGCCGUCAUGCAGGGCGAGAUGGGAAGCUAUUGGGCACCUGAUUAUGCAACCGGGUCAUGGAAACUCAAUAGAGAAGUCGUACAUGUGCUAGCCAAAGUCGAAACCCAUAAUCAUCCUACCGCCAUUUCUCCUUUCCCAGGAGCCGCCACCGGAUCGGGUGGAGAGAUCCGCGAUGAGGCUGCUGUUGGCAGAGGCUCAUCCACCAAAGCUGGUCUUAGUGGAUUCUGGGUCUCUGACCUUUUCAUUCCAGGUCAUCAUGCCUGGGAGACUGACAUUGGCCGUCCAGCACAUUAUGCUAGUAGUCUGGAUAUCAUGCUUGAGGCGCCCAUUGGCGCAGCUCGUUUCAACAACGAGUUCGGCCGCCCUGCUCUUGCCGGUUGCUUCCGUACACUCUUAACAGACGGUACCAAUAAGAGUGAUUCGGACGCCUCAGAGGCGACAGAGUGGCGAGGUUAUCAUAAGCCUAUUAUGAUUGCUGGUGGACUUGGCCGGGUCAGGCCUGGGCACGCACUCAAGAACCCGACUGAUGUGCACGAGGGAGCUCAUGUUAUCGUGCUUGGUGGUCCCGCCAUGUUAAUCGGACUCGGAGGCGGUGCUGCGUCUAGUAACGCUUCUGGGGAAGGGACUGCGGACCUCGAUUUCAAUAGCGUACAGAGGGGUAACCCUGAGAUGCAACGUCGAGCUCAGAUGGUUAUCGAUGCAUGUGUCAGCCUAGGAGAUACGAAUCCCAUUGCAAUGAUACACGAUGUUGGCGCUGGAGGAUUAUCCAACGCUCUUCCGGAGUUAGUUAAAGACGCCGGUUUCGGGGGCAAGUUCGAACUCCGUCAAGUCGAAAGCGCAGACCGUAGCUUGAGUCCCCUUCAAAUAUGGUGCAAUGAAGCCCAAGAACGUUACGUUAUGUUAGUCAACAAUGAAGGGAUGAGUCGAUUCGUAAGCAUCUGCAGGCGUGAACGUUGCGGCUUUUCGGACGUCGGCACCGUAGUGUCUGAAGAUGAAGACGGCGUGCCUAAGCUUAUCCUAACGGACAGAAAUGCGAAAGAUAACGUAGCGUCACGACCUAUCAAUCUUCCGAUGUCAACCCUAUUCCCCCCAGGUCGCCGAUUACAGCGCAUAGUCAAUUCCCAGAAACCAACUCUACCGAAAUUCGAACCAAUCGCUAGCUUAAAGGCUGCGUUUGGAGCCAGAUCGACCGAUGCUGAACUGCUGAGAAAUGCUCUACAGAGAGUCUUUUGGAUGCCAGCCGUAGGAUCGAAGUCUUUCCUGAUCACAAUUGGAGAUCGGACUGUUGGAGGCCUUACUGCACGGGAUCAAAUGGUAGGACCAUGGCAGACGCCUGUAGCCGACGUCGCAGUCACGGCCACAUCAUUUAACUUAGGAAUGAAGACAAGGCAUGGCGAAGCAAUGGCUAUGGGUGAGAAGCCAACCCUUGCAUUGAUAUCUCCUGCUGCGUCUGCUCGCAUGGCGGUGGCCGAGAGCUUGAUGAACCUGGCCGCUGCCGAUAUCAUGGGCGACCUGCGACGAGUCAAGCUCUCUGCCAAUUGGAUGGCAGCCGUAAACCACCCGGGAGAAGGAGCAGCUCUUUACGAAGCAGUUGAAGCUAUUGGGCUUGAUAUGUGUCCUCGAUUAGGAAUCAGUAUACCUGUAGGCAAAGAUUCGACUUCCAUGAAGGCUACUUGGAAGGACCGCGAAUCCGAAAAGACUAAGAGCGUAACUGCUCCUGUGUCAGUCGUCAUCUCGGCAUUUACGAUCGUCGAAGAUAUUAGAAGGACCUGGACUCCGCAACUUCGACGGGUUGAAGAAGUAGGGGAGACAGUCCUGAUGUUCGUCGACCUUGCGAAUGGAAGGAAAGCUAUGGGAGGAUCCGCCCUUGCUCAAUCAUUCGGUUACGUGGGACAUGAGGCGCCAGACGUACGAGACGUGGAUUUAAUCACGGAUUACUUCGAUGCGAUAUCUCAAUUGCACCAGAGUGGAGUUGUUCUUGCAUAUCACGACAGAUCCGAUGGCGGUUUAAUUACUACGGUAGCUGAAAUGAUGUUCGCUGGACGAUGUGGAGCUGACCUUAUGAUGGACGGAAUUUCUAAUUCUGGCUCGAUCGAGGACAUGGUCGACGCACUAUUCAAUGAAGAAUUAGGCGCCGUGUUCCAAGUGCGAGCAUCGGAUGAGACAAACUUCAAGAGAUGCUUCGCAACUUGUGGACCACCUCCGGGCUUGAUUAGGAAGUUUGGUAGCGUACAGCCCAAGUCAAAGCAAGCGUUGACAAUUCGGUACGGAUCAACACCUUUCGUCAGCCUUGAUAGAAAGGAGAUACAGCAGUGGUGGGCGAAAACUUCAUACGAGAUGCAGAAGCUUCGAGACAACCCUGCCUGCGCCGAGUCCGAAUAUUCUAUUAUUCAAGACCAGACCGACCCGGGUAUCUCCUACAAACUCACGUUUGAUCCCACUGAUACGAUCUUACCACUCACAGCCUCUAUAACAGGGUUCUUCGGCAAGAAUCCUCGAGUAGCUAUUCUGAGGGAACAAGGCGUCAACGGACAUGCCGAAAUGGCAUUCGCAUUUAAGGCAGCAGGAUUUGACCCGAUCGAUGUCAUGAUGACGGAUAUCAUUUCCGGUCGCUCGUUGGCUGAUUUCGUUGGAUUGGCUGCCUGUGGAGGCUUCUCCUAUGGCGAUGUACUUGGUGCUGGACAAGGCUGGGCUAAAUCCAUACUGAUGCACGACAACUCCCGAAGGGAGUUUGAAGAGUUCUUCAAAAGACCAGACACGUUUGCUCUUGGAGUCUGUAACGGCUGUCAGAUGCUGUCGCGAAUAAAAGAGCUCAUUCCCGGCACGGAACAUUGGCCGAUAUUCGAAGAGAACACGAGCCAACAGUUCGAAGGGCGUUUCGGUAUGGUUAAAAUCGAAGAUAACCAGAAGAGCCCUUCGGUGUUCCUCCAUGGCAUGAAUGGUUCGGCAUUGCCAAUCGUCGUCUCACACGGUGAAGGAAGGGCUUCCUUUUCUUCACCUAGCUCAUUACAUGCUCUUAAUGCGGGAGGAAUGAUUCCGAUUCGAUACGUCGACAAUCACCUGAAUGCCACAGAAAAGUACCCUCUCAAUCCUAACGGUAGCCCUGGCGGUAUUGCCGGUGUAACAAGCGAGAACGGUCGAGUCUUAGCCAUGAUGCCUCAUCCCGAGCGGACGCUGGUAGCGGAUACCGCAUCGUACGCGCCACUAAACCUUCUCGAGCAGUGGGGAGAAUUUGGACCAUGGGUAAGGUUAUUUAGGAGCGCUCGGAGAUGGGUGGGAUAG